AUGCCUGACCGUACGCCCACUUCACCUCGUCAAAUUCAGAUCGACCCCCAUCUCCCUCAACCCUCCCGCAACAUGUCGAUGACCUCCCCUGUCCUAACGCCCUCACGCCAGAGCAUACCUCAUCGGAAUUCCCAUGGGGGGCCAAGGAGCUAUCGACAUGCCGAUGAUGCAGAUGCGAGGGAGAGGCAGAUGCAGCAGGAUAUAGAGAGCGCCAUGAGCAUGUCAAGAGCUCGAUCGGGUUCUUUGGCAGAUACGUCUCCACCUAUCGUUCGACCUUCCGCACAUCAUUUCCCAUCCACCUCACCUAUCGAGGAAAGAUCUUUCCCCAUGUUAUCCGAUGCCGAAGAGGCAGAGAUGAAUAGAGCGAGGUAUCAUCAUGGACCAGAUAAUGGGUCGGACGACGAACAUGGUCAUGGAAGAUCUCAUUAUGAUAAUCAGGAAGAUAGGGAGGAAGAAGGAUUGAUGCAUGAUCAUCAUCAUGGACAUGGACAUGGAGAUGAUAGUGUAGGAGGGUCAAGUGGGUAUGACUCCCAUGCUAGACUGUUAGAUAGGAGAGGUUCAGAUGGACAUCAACAUCGUUUACCUAUGUCGAUGGGUAUGGGAAAUAUGGAAAGACAAGGUGCAGAUUUAAGAUCGCUUGGCGGGAUGGGUGGAGUAGCGAGAAACAGGUUUGAUUUUGCAGCUAUGGAAGAAUACGCCAAUAAGGAAAAACAAAAUCUCUCAAAUGCCGAAUUCGGAGGAGGGACUUGGGCAAUGAACAAUAAUAACAAUAAUGGAAUUCCAAGAAGGAGGAGUACACCUAAUAAAAGUCCAAGUGCGACCAACUCGAAUCGUGAAAGUCAAGAAGACAUCAAACAACCGAGAACAGGAGGAGGAAGUUUCGAGAGGACACAAACCAUGUCUGCGUUUGGUGAUGAACCCGAACAUGAACAUCAGGGUGAACCCGAUAAUAUGACCGAAGGACCAUUCUCACCUGCCAGUACAGCAAGGAACGACGGUGAUGGUCCAACAACCUUCCAUCGAAGGAGACAGAGGAAACUAUCGCAAUCGAACCCGAUUCAACGACGACAAGGGAAAUUAGCUUUGUUUGAAGGAUUUGGUAACUCCGGUAACAACGGUGGUUUAGAUGGAGAGGUCGUACCUGAAUCAUCAUCAACUGCAUUCAAAGCUCCAAGAUCAGCUGGGGGAUUUGCACCUUAUUCUGAUAUUGCACCACCUGCACCCGGACAUGAUCGACCAUAUAGAUUCUCGUUCUACUCCAAUGCUAUGCCUGUUACGAUCCACGCCAGAUCCUUGGCGGAACUGCCAGCAGAGAAUCAAACGUUUGAAGAAUUGUUUAAAGGUAAAAAUCAAUCAUCUUCUGAGAAGGGUACACCAAAUAGAGAUAGUGGACAAGAUACACCUCAACAACCUCAACCUCAACAUACCGAACCUAGUACAAUAGCCAGUAAGACAAGCAUGUUAUCGAGAGCUAUGGCUGCUCAUGAUAUGUCGAGGGAAGGUUCCAAGCAAGCUGGAGGAGGUGGGGGAAAUGGGGAUAGUACGGCUGUGGAAGAAGAUCCAGAACAGUUUACUUGGUGGUUGGACGUUUUGUCACCUACUGACGAAGAGAUGAGAAUGUUGUCGAAGGUAUUCGGCAUUCAUCCUUUGACAACUGAAGAUAUCUUGUUAGAAGAGACUCGAGAAAAAAUCGAGCUGUUCAGGAAUUAUUAUCUUGUGUGUUUCAGAUCUUUCGAUCAGGAUCCAUACUCCCAGACAUACUUGGAACCUUUGAAUAUGUACAUUAUCGUGUUCAGAGAAGGUACAUUAUCGUUCCAUUUCCGAGGUACACCUCAUCCUCAGAAUGUACGACGACGUAUCAAGCAUCUCAAAGAUUAUAUAUCAGUGACUUCCGAUUGGAUUUCCUAUGCUCUUAUUGACGAUAUAACCGAUGCGUUUGGUCCUCUGAUUCAAUCUAUCGAAUAUGAAGUAGAUAGUAUUGACGAAUUGGUGUUGAUUCUGAAAGAAGCUGAACAGAGUGAUAUGUUAAGGAGGAUCGGUACUUGUCGUAAGAAAGUUAUGGGUCUACUGAGAUUGAUGGGUAACAAAGCGGAUGUGGUGAAAGGUCUAGCCAAGAGAUGUAAUGAACAAUGGCUGGUCGCUCCAAAAUCUGAUAUAGGUUUAUAUCUUUCUGAUAUCCAGGACCACUUGAUUACGAUGACUCAGAAUCUGAAUCACUACGAAAAGAUCUUAUCUCGAUCGCAUUCGAAUUACCUAGCUCAAAUCUCGAUCGAAAUGACAGAUGCGAACAAUCAAAUCAAUGAUGUUCUUUCCAAAUUGACCGCUCUAGGUACUGUUUUAAUCCCAAUGAACUUGGUAACUGGUUUAUGGGGUAUGAACGUCCACGUUCCAGGGGAAGAUACCAAGGAUGGUUACGCUUGGUUUGGAGGUAUUUUAGGUGGAUUGGCAUUAUUUGCCAUCCUAGGUGCAUGGGCAACUUAUAAAUGUUUCGUAGUUCGAUAA